AACUUUGUGCCGCGCAAGCGUGCGUAGUUCCUCAGUUCCUUCGCGUGUACCUUUCAAGCAACAAAAAAAUCUAAAAACAAAUUAAAGAAAAAAUAAAUCAAGAAAAUUAUUACACAACUGAAAAUAAAUAGUGAUCAUCUACUAAGUACGUGACUUUAGAAAAGUGUCGCCGUUUAUCGUCUUCGUCUUCGUCGUCGUCGUCGUUAUUUUGUCGUCGUCGUCUUCGUUGAUGUCGUUGUCGUGUUAAUUGCAGUGAUUAGCCGCAGCUUCCCCCUCCACCAAAAGAAAACACUCAUUAUCGCAUUCACUCUUCUCAUUGGUGUUUGCCUUAAAGUGCGCCAUAAACUAAAAGGCAACGGCAGCAGCAACAGCAGCUGGAACAGACGGCCCACCCAAAACGCCUACAACUACAACGGUGAAAUCACAACGAGCGUGUGAUAGUUGACAAAAACACAAAACCAAAAAAGCGAAAAACAAAAACAAUCAACAACUAAAUAAAACAAGCAGCGACGUUGCCACAUUUCAGUGCCUGUUAUCUGCAAUAGCAAUAGAGAUAGCGAUAACGCUUUGAGUACCGUUAAAGCACUGCGCUCAUUGCAUUGAGCAAAGCUCCCCAUAGCACAAACACACACACACACACACACAGACUCGCUCAGCUAACAGUGAGUGUACCUUGAGAUCGUAGCGCACUCCAAAGUGAGAGUGUGUGCAAAGAGAGAGCGACGAGAGCGAGAGAACAACGACGCCAACGUCAAACUCAAUACGUAAAGGAGCAUAACAGAAAAAACAACAGAAACACCAACAACAACAACGUUAACAACACUUCUCACCCACUCCGAUUCCCGAUUGUGUGAGCACUGAGCGCGCGCGCGUCUGUCGCACGUAGAACACACAGCAACAGCAACACCAACACACAUACAACAGCAGCGCAGCAGAGGGAAAAUAUAUCGUCUGUCAAAAUGUUUGCUGUAAUGCGAAUCGACAACGAUGACUGCCGGUCGGAUUUCCGUCGCAAGAUGCGUCCAAAGUGUGAGUUCAUUUGCAAGUAUUGCCAGCGGCGUUUCACCAAGCCAUACAAUCUGAUGAUACACGAGCGCACGCACAAAUCGCCAGAGAUAACAUAUUCCUGUGAGGUCUGCGGCAAAUACUUCAAGCAACGUGAUAAUCUGCGUCAGCACAGAUGUAGUCAGUGUGUUUGGCGAUAAGCUAAAAGUAUCAUAAAUACAAUAUAUAAAAAGUAAAAAAUAAUAAAAAGAAAACCAACACACAGCAAUAUAAAAUAUAUAUACAUAUAAAAAAUCGAAAUCAAUUAAAAAAACAAACACCAGCACCAGAUAUCUAAAGCACCGCAGCACCAAGAGCAACAGCAAAAAAAAAUCAAAUGCAACAACUGCACGCAAUAUCACAACAAAAUUAAGAACUUAAUGUUAAUAUUACAACUGUCAUAAUAUACAUAGAGUGUUAUCGAUAUGUCAUGCCUAUCGAGAAAAGGCCGCCGCACCAGCAGCAGCAAGCACGCAAACACGCCUAUCGCCCACCCACAUGCACAAAAACCACACGCUUACUACUAGAUGCAAUCAAUCGAUCAAUCAAACAAUCAGCAGCAAGCGCGAUAGCAACGCCAAUCGAUAAAUCGAUAGCCAUCGGAAUGCAAUCGGGUGUUGGUAACACGAUAACACGCUUUUGAUUUCCUCUUACGUUUUUUUUUUGUUUGGUUGUUGAGUUUUCUCUACGUUCUCUUCUGUUCAUUCCUCUUCUAUCGAGAAACAUGCACUUGCCACGCCCACCACCAAAUGUUGCGCAGGCGCAGCACCACCACAAACAACAGCAACAUCUACAACAAUAGCAAAAAAGAAAAAAAGAAAACAACAGCAUCCACAUUUUACAAUAACUUUUGCAGAAAUUCACACAUGAACACCUGUGGGCGUGCCUACAAUAGUAAAUAAUGCCACAAUGCCACCACAUGCAACAUGCAACAUGCAACAUGCCACAGCAAUCAUCAGCUUUUGUCAAUUGGAAAGCACAAUUAAGCUCAAGCUUCUUGUGCUUUCCCCCGCAACGAAGACAAAGCGACAACAAUUGCCAACGUUUUCCAACAGUGCAACAUUAAUCAAUCAAUCAAUCAAUCAAUCUGUCUGUCAAUCACCAGCUGCAACUCUCUUGCCUUAUAACUCGGAACUUGUGCGAUCCUCUCGCUAUCUUUAUUGAUAAUAAUUAAUUACAAUCUAUUAAUAAUAAUAAUCAUAUUAAUAAACAAAACAACAAAAUAAAUUUUAAGUAUUUUUAUUUUAAAAAUCAUAUACAAACAAAACAAAAAAAAAAACACGUUGAAAAUG